AUGGCGGCGGUUCCCGCUCUGUUGGACGAGCUCAUCGAGGAGUUCCUCCUCCGCCUCCCGCCGGCCGAGCCCGAGAUCCUCGUCCACGCCGCCCUCGUCUGCAAGCCCUGGUACCGCAUCAUCUCCGAUCCCCGCUUCCGCCGCCGAUUCCGGGAAUUCCACCGUGCGGCACCGAUGCUCGGAUUCUUCUGCAACCUCAUGGAUGCCCAAUUCAUCCCCACCUCCUCUUUCCGCCCGCCCCACGCCGGCAAUUUCCGCGCUUUGGACGCCCGCCACGGCCGCGUCCUCCUCGACCCGUGGGACGACAUGGACGAACGCUUCGUCGUCGUCUGGGACCCAACCACGGAUGAAAGGUGGGAGGUGCCAGUACCACCCCCGGACGUCUGGGACCUACUAGAAGAAUCGUACGCGACUGUGCUCUGCGCAGCCGCAGCAAGCCCCACCUGCAACCACCACGACUGCCACAGCAAACCCUUCACCCUUGUCUUCGCGGGCCCUGGCACUGAGCCCGAGCACGAGCAUACGUCCUUCUUGCACGUCUACUCAUCAGAGGGCGCCUCCUGGAGCGAGCCGAUUCCGGUCCCAAGGUGCUGUGUCGAUGAGGUGCUCACUGCACUUGUUGGAAGCACACUCUACUUCUCGAUUGACUGCGGCAGUCGAACUCUCAGUUAUAAUCUGGCUACACGGCAAACUUCUGUGAUUCACCUGCCUCCUAUGCCUGAUGAGUGUGCUACUGCGCUCAUGGGGAUGGAGAAUGGUGGGCUUGGAGUCGCAAAAUUGGACAAGGCUGCCAAACUCUCGGUCUGGUCAAUGGAGGUGAAUCCCAACGGAGACAUAGGGUGGACACAAAUCAAAGUCGUUGAGCUUGACAAGUUGCUUCCUGUCAACGCUUGCUCCAUAUCUUCUGAAUUUCUCUGCUAUGCGCAAGGUGUUGGAGUAUUUUUCGUUGGGACCUAUGAUGGGUUAUUUAGUUUUGAUUUAAUGUCUGGCAAGGUGAGGAAGGUGUUUGAGGAGCCAUGUGAUCAAAUUGGCGUCCUCGGUGCUUUUCCUUGUGUUGUUCCCUAUGUGAGUUUCUACACUCCAGAUCAGUGGGCAGACCCAUUGCCCGAGGCUCCCACAUGA